AUGUCAGACAUGCGGCCUAUUAGGCUCUUCUCGGUUCAGUACAAGAUUGUAUCCAAGAUUUUUUGCAACCGCUUGAAGCAUAUUCUUCAUGGUAUUAUUUCAGAGACUCAAGGAGCCUUUGUCUCAAGCAGACUCAUCUCAGAUAAUAUACUCAUAGCUCAUGAAAUGGUCCAUGGCCUCAAGGUUAAUGCUAGAGUGUCUGAUGGCUUCAUGGCAAUAAAGACAUACAUGUCAAAAGCCAAUGAUAGAGUUCAGUGGAACUUCUUGAAGAUUCUGAUGGAAAAAACGGGCUUUGCGCAUGGAUGGAUCAAAUGGAUUAUGGCUUGUGUUAGCUCGGUCUCUUUCUCUGUCCUCAUGAAUGGGAAUGAACAUGGCUUAUUAAGCCAGAGAGGGGUAUCAGACAAGGUAAUCCCUUAUCUCCAUUCCUAUUUAUCUUGUGUGCUGAAGCCCUCGUCAGUUGUUUGA